AGGAUCCAUUCGGAAGUGAUGGCAGAACGUAUAAGUCUUACGUUGUAACCGUGAAAAAUUCUUGCCGCUUAUUUUCGUGAGCCUCCGAAAUUCCUUGUUAUUUCCGGGUCAUUCAUAGAAAAACAGAAAGACAAAGAAAAUAAACGACAACCCAAACGACUCCAGACCCGGAAAAACUUUCGCUACUUAUCUAUCAUGUCCACUGCAACUACGGCGAUUCGUAGCAAGCAGUGGCGCUCGUCUUUGCGCCGCACAACUGCAGCAGGACACCAUACAACUUCGUCGCCUUUACCGAACCCGUGGAAGCUGAAUGUCGAUUUCAAGGUCGUGACCCGGGAAUCCGGGGCGACCCGAACCGACAUCCCGAUUUUUACCGCACGGAAAAACGCGAUCGCAAUGGAGAAGAGCGACGACCGCAACGAGGAAGUUCGGCGGGAGUUCGUGCCGGGCGCGCCCGGGGUCUUUCUGUUGUCAAAUUUGUUGUCCGACCACGAGUGUGAGCAGCUGGUCGCGCUGUCCGAGCAGAUGGGCUACUGCGAGGAUGCGCCGGUGAGCUUGUCCCGGGAGAUUCGGCAGAACGACAACUGCGUCUGGAUCGCGGACCAGGAGAGCUUAAAUCGCGUGAUUUUCGACCGCUGCAAGCACUUACUGCCAGAAUACAGUGUGACGACAAGUGGGCCGGCGCGCGGUCCGCAGAAAGACGACCCAAUGUGGAGAAGCCGAGAGUUUUACGGCGAAAAUUCUAGUGCAAAGGAGCAAGCAGAUCCCGAUAAUGAAGAUGAGAACUACCUCGUCGAACCAAGCAAGAAACUGCUAAAGAUCGGUCCGGUUACGGGGCUUAACCAACGCUGGCGACUUUAUCGGUACAACACAAAGGACAUUUUUCGGCCGCACACCGACGGCUCUUGGCCCGGGUCGGCGCUUUCGAGUGCAGACUUCGAGCGGGAUGACCAGACGCUGGUACAGGAUUUUUACCAUGGGCGACAGCAUUCCCUGCUGACGUUUUUGAUGUAUUUGAACGACGACUGCGAGGGCGGAGAAACCACGUUCUACUACGACAGCAGCGACUCGUUGUACCGGGACGUUCUCCUGAACAGCAGUUCGCUUUCUCUUGCUUCUGGGAUGACAAUGCAAGAGGACCCAACUCUGAAGAGUUUGAACGAAGAGGAAGCAGAGCUUCAAGCUGAGCUGCAAGCGGAAGCCGCUGGUAGUAGUACAGCCGCAACUUCUACUUCUCUAGGGACUCCAAGCGCGGCCGGAAGUAGUGGGACAACCAGCACGUCCUCGCGGACAAAACUGGUGAGAAUUUCGGUGAAGCCGAAAAAGGGCGCCGCGCUGGUUUUCUGGCACGGGCAGCACCCGCUGUCACCGUUGCACGAGGGGUCGCGGGUGGAAACGGGGAGGAAGUACGUGAUCCGGACAGACGUGCUGUACUCGACGGUGGGCGACGGUUCCGCAGCAGCGAUGAGCCAUUGGCCGCAAUUUUUCCAGAAGCACGGCCGCACGCAGUCCAUCGCGGAGAAGGCCACGCGCGUCCUGCACGCGAUCUCUUCCUCGCAGAAGGCGGUGGGAAACCAACCCCGGAUCGGAAAUUUGUCCGCUCCGGACUCGCGGAUCAACCAGAGAGUCUGCCUGCUCCUCUUUCUCGACGACGCGGAAAUCGAUCCCGCGGAGAAGCAACGCCUGGCGAUGUUGGUUGCCGAAUAUUCGCAGCAAUUUGCGGAUGACGAGGAGGACGGGUCCUCGUCGUGUUCUUACCCGGUGUACUGUGCGGUCAGCAGUCAGGGGGCGGUUGGGCAGAUACGAGAGUUGAUCUCGUCGGGAAAUAAAGACGAUACAGGUAGUAGUGCAACAGCCACAAAAAGUGCUGAUUCUUUACUCCGCUUUGCCCUGCUCGACAUACCGAAUGCGCGGUGCGGAAUAUGCACGACGAAAGAGCCAUUUCAGUCCUGCCAGGAGUUGCAGAAGUGGCUCACUGACUGCAGAAACGCGUUCGAGACAGACGUGAACCGCACAGAACGUGUUGAGGUGCGAAAACUUCAAUGAUACAGGAUCAUGCGAGGAGCGUGGCUCCGGAAAAAUUGCUUCGUUUCGACGAGGACCAAGGCAUCUGCCUUUGUACUUAAGUAUGUGUAUGCCUCGUUGAUGAGGUGCAAAAAAUUCAGGAU